AUCAUUCACUUUCCUGUUAGAAAUAAUGUAAUUUAUAGCUGAUGCUGCCAUCACCCUGCCUUUUCUUAUGUGAAGAUGCUCUAUAAUACUGUAAUAUAAAUGAAACCUAUGUGAUUGCUUAACUGCUAUUUCUGUUUAUGCCACAAGAGUACUUAAGUGGUACAGUAAAACAUGUUUAAUGCUUCCACUGGUAAAAAAUAUAAAAAAAAUGCUGAAUGCGGUUACUCAUUUGAAAACCUGUCACGUGAGACUGGGUGUGUUUGUUUCAGAUGGAUUUGGUGCACACCAUUGGAGAAAGUGCAGCACUUGGAGCGCAUGGAGUUGUCCUGUGGGGAGACAUUGAAUUUUCAAGAAACACGACUAACUGUAUGCUGAUCCGUGACUACAUAAGAAGCGUUUUGGGACCAUAUGUUAUCAACGUCACCAAGGCUGCAGAACUUUGUAGCCAGUUUACAUGCAACAAAAAUGGACGAUGUUUAAGAAAGAAUCCAGAAACAAAUAGUUACCUUCAUCUAGAUGGACAAAUUUUUCAAAUUCAAGAACAUACCGAUCGUCACAGUAUUUCAUUUAAUCCAAUAAGAACACUCAGGGAACAAAUACAGAAAAUGGGAACAGAAUUUCAGUGCCAGUGUUAUGAAGGCUGGAUGGGAGAAAGGUGCAACAUGCCAGAAAGCACAGGAACUAGGCCGCAGUUGGUCAUAUGUAUAUAUAUAGCAGCACUUUGUGGAAUGUUAACUUGGGACAGCUUGCUAUGUGGCAUUUUUUUAUUUUUGUGGACAUUGAAUUUCCAUUCAUUAUCAUAAAACAAUGACUUUUAUUAGGUUUGUUCAAAGUUGAAUUAUUUAUAGAAUCCGUAUUAAAGUACGGCAAUAAUAAAAUAACCACAUUUUUCUAUUACAUGGUAUUAUAGUUUCUGUAUCAUAACAAAAAUGUAAUAGAAUAUUUUUUAACAAGUGUAUAUGUGUAGUAUAAUGUGCAUUUUUUGCAAACAAGUACUAGCACUAAAUGUUCUUUAUAAGACCUCAUGGAUACAGUACUAAUGUUAUAACAUUUCUUAUUUGCGUGAUGGAAGUACCUGCACUUUUAUAUAAUUUCAUGUGUUCACAUACCAGUUCUCUUCCACUGGGCCAUUCAAACCUAAAGCCUUGUAAUGAGGCAUUACUGCUGUAGAAACAUAGUGCAACAAAACCACAGAUAGUGAUGAUGUUCCUGUUGGAUGCAUAAUGCUUUUAUUGAUAACAUUUUAGAAUCAUUAAAGUACCAUCCCACAUAUUUCCACUCAAAUUGUCUUUACAUGGAUGGAGUAGCACUAUUUUAUUUUACCAGCUGGUUCUAGCAGGAUUUCAGCAGAGCAUUAUUGUGCAUAAUGGGACA